CGGCGCCCAUUGCCUCCCCGCCUCCCUCUCUUGGCAUCGCAUCUCGCAACUCAGAGGAACAGGAAGAAAUCGUUUUUUUGAGAAGGCAAAGUGGAGUAGGCCAUGUCCAACGUGCCCACCUCCCUCCGCGACUCCUCCCUCACUGUCUUCCGCCUCGCCAUCUCCAGCUCUGACCCCUGGCCCUUCUCUUCCUCCCUCUAACCAUCAGCCUCCCUUAGUUUCUUCUUCUUCUUCUUCUUCUUCUUCUUCUUCUUCUUGGAUUUCUUCUUCAACAACCAACAACCAAGAAACCAAACCUGACCUUGGGCUGGUGGAUCGACCUGGCUUGCCUGACCAUGCACGGCAAGCAGCAGCAGCAGCAGAUGGUGCCGGUGGCGCCCAGGGGGUGCGUGACGGUGCGGGUGGGCGCGGAGGGGGAGGAGCAGCGCCGGUUCGCGGUGCCGCUGGGCCACCUCAAGCACCCGCUCUUCGGCGCGCUGCUGGAGGAGGCCGAGCGCGAGUACGGCUUCAGGCACCAGGGCGCCAUCGCCAUCCCCUGCCGCGUCGACCGCUUCGUCCAGGUCGAGCAUCUCAUCGACCAGGACCUCCACGGCAGCUGCGCGCACCACCUCGUCGACCUCGACGGCCGCGGCGGCGGCCCGCACCACCAACACGUCCACCUGCCACGCUUCGUCGGUUGCUUCCGCGCCUGAUUCGUCAGCUCACUUCUUCCAUAUGUCGAGGUGGUUUCUUGUGUCGGUUGUUAGCUCUUGGUUUGUGUCGUCCUCCGUUCCCUCUCGCGUUGGUUUGUGAGGGUUGCAUGAUACCAUUGGUUUGAAGCUUUGUGGUGAGAGAAAUGGAGGACGAUUCGUCUAGAUGUUGAUGGUGACGAAAAAUCAAGACGAUCUCAAGUGUAAAGAUCUAGAGAAUGUUGCUAAACUUUUAGCCUUAGUCGCGGAUGGGCAGUUAGCCCGAUGGCAAAACCUAAAAGGUGGGAGUGAGCCGAUAAAAGUUCGAACCUCCGUCCGCAUAUCUCCGUUGAGACGUCCAAAACGAAUGCCGGGUAAAAGGAACUCUGAUCGAAAAAAAACUUUUAGCCUUAGUUUUUUCUUCUUGUCAUACGUCAAUAUACUACUUUGCUAAUAUGCUCUGGAAAGUGGGUUUGUUCUUGUAAAUUACCUCCUUUUUUUGUAUAGAAUGAUUUGUCCGAAUUGCUUUAA